AUGCUAACUCGACAGCUCCUGCGGAGCGCCUGCUCUGCCCCGCGCUGCCAUUCCUUCCACGCGUCGCACACGAGCGCCCCGCAGCGCUGCCCUCCGACACUUCCCCGUCGCUCUCUCUCGCCCCUCUCGCCGUAUGUGCGCGUCUUCGCAACUGCUCCGCGCCAUCGCAAAGAUGAUCCCAGAAUACAAACACUCGAAGCCAAUGGCGCGAAGAAGGUUGAAGGCGCGCAAACGGUUCUGAAGCCCGAGGUGGUACAGAAGGCAGCGCCGGCGGUGCCGGGUUCAGGCGUCAAGAAUGACCCGCUGCUGGCAGAAAAGACGGUGUCGAACAAGGAGCAACGCAAGGCAGACUGGGCCAUCAUGAAGGAGAUGUCGCGCUACUUGUGGCCGAAGGACAAUCUCGGAACCAGGCUGCGGGUCGGCCUCUCGGUAGCUCUGCUCGUCGGUGCAAAGGUCUUGAACGUGCAAGUUCCUUUCUAUUUCAAGAGCAUUGUAGACGCCAUGAAUAUUGAUUUCGCGGCCCUUGGGGGCACCGCCACCACCGUUGCUGGGUCUAUGAUCAUUGCGUACGGCGUGACCCGUAUGGGUGCCACUCUUUUCCAAGAACUCCGUAACGCCGUCUUCGCCAGUGUUGCCCAGAAAGCCAUCCGCCGAGUCGCUUGCAGUGUCUAUGAGCACCUUUUGAAGCUUGACCUGAACUUUCACCUUUCUCGCCAAACUGGAGGCUUGACUAGAGCCAUUGACCGCGGUACCAAGGGCAUCAGCUUCCUUCUUACCUCUAUGGUCUUCCACAUCCUCCCCACGGCUCUCGAGAUCUCUAUGGUUUGCGGUAUCCUCACCUAUCAAUAUGGUGCCAAAUUUGCGGCCAUCACCGCCGCCACCAUGGUUGCAUACACCGCGUUCACCAUUACCACCACCUCCUGGAGAACAAAGUUCCGGAAGCAGGCCAAUGCUGCUGACAACAGGGCUGCUACCGUCGCUGUUGACUCGCUGAUCAACUACGAGGCUGUGAAGUACUUCAACAAUGAGAAAUUCGAGGUCAAGCGCUACGACAAGGCCCUCCAGUCCUACGAACAAGCCUCCAUCAAGGUCGCCACCUCGCUCGCCUUCCUCAACUCUGGUCAGAACAUCAUCUUCUCCUCGGCGCUGACGGCCAUGAUGUACCUGGCAGCCAAUGGCGUAGCGACGGGCAACCUCACAGUCGGCGACCUGGUCAUGGUCAACCAGCUCGUCUUCCAGCUCUCGGUGCCUCUCAACUUCCUCGGCUCCGUCUACCGCGAGCUGCGCCAGUCGCUGCUCGACAUGGAAACGCUCUUCAACCUGCAGAAGGUCAACGUCGCAGUCAAGGACGCGCCCAACGCGAAGCCCCUCGCCCUCUCCCCCUCCGGCGCCGGCGCCACCAUCCGCUUCGAGAACGUCACCUUCGGCUACCGCCCCGACCGCCCCAUCCUGAAGGACCUGAACCUGACCAUCCCGGCCGGCAAGAAGGUUUCGAUCGUCGGCCCCUCCGGCUGCGGCAAGUCGACCAUCCUGCGCCUGCUCUUCCGCUCCUACGACGUGCAAGAAGGCCGCAUCACCAUCGACGGCCAGGACGUGCGCGACGUUCAGAUCGACUCGCUCCGCCGCGCCGUCGGCGUCGUGCCUCAGGACACCCCGCUCUUCAACGCCUCCAUCAUGCACAACAUCCGCUACGGCAACGUCGACGCGUCGGACGACGAUGUCCGCGCUGCUGCUCGCCGCGCGAAGCUCGACGAGGUCAUCGCGAAGUUCCCCGACGGCUACGAGACGACCGUCGGCGAGCGCGGAAUGAUGAUUUCGGGCGGCGAGAAACAGCGCCUCGCCGUCAGCAGGCUGAUCCUGAAGGACCCGCCGCUGCUGUUCUUCGACGAGGCGACGAGUGCGCUCGACACGCAUACCGAGCAGGCCUUGCUGCAAAAUAUCAAUAGCGUCAUCAGGGAGAAGAAGCGGACCAGCGUGUUCGUCGCGCACCGCCUCAGGACGAUUUAUGAUAGCGAUUUGAUCAUCGUGCUCAAGGAUGGAAAAGUCGUCGAGCAGGGGACGCAUGAUAAGUUGGUGGAUACGGGCGGGUUGUACAGCGAGUUGUGGAGCGCGCAGGAGACGCUGUUCGUGGACGGUACGGAGCAGGCGGAGAAGAAGGAGGAUGGGAAGGAGAAGGAGAAGGAGAGGAAGUGA